AUGGAGGCGGCAUCCGCCCGAUACGCCGCGCGGGACCGGUGGGGGGAGCCAGGCAGCACGAGCUCGGCCAACUCGCAGCUGCUCCGCUUCAUCCAGGCCGCGUGCAGCCCGGAGAACUACGAACCGAACUUGGCCCUGAACCUCGAGAUCUCGGACCUGAUCAACUCCAAGAAGGGCACGGCUCCGCGCGAGGCGGCCAUGGCCAUCGUCGGCUACAUCAAUCACCGCAACGCCAACGUCGCCCUGCUGGCCCUGCACCUGCUCGAUAUCUGCGUCAAGAACUGCGGCUACCCCUUCCACCUGCAGAUCAGCACCAAGGAGUUCCUCAACGAGCUGGUUCGCCGCUUCCCCGAGCGCCCGCCCAUUCGCGCUUCGCGUGUGCAGACCAAGAUCCUCGAGGCCAUCGAGGAGUGGAGGAGCACCAUCUGCGAGACGAGUAGGUACAAGGACGACCUGGGCUUCAUCAGGGAUAUGCACAGGCUGCUGAGCUACAAGGGCUACACUUUCCCCGAGGUCAGGAGGGAUGAUGCUGCGGUGCUGAAUCCCAGCGAUAAUCUGAAAUCUGCCGAAGAAAUGGAGGAAGAGGAGCGCGAGGCGCAAUCGGCAAAACUACAGGAGCUUAUCCGACGAGGAACCCCAGAGGACUUGCAGGAAGCCAACCGUCUGAUGAAGGUCAUGGCUGGCUAUGACACGCGCACCAAGGUCGACUACCGCGCCAAGGCGGCUGAGGAGGUUGGCAAAAUCCAAGCAAAGGCAAGGCUGCUGGAGGAAAGGCUGGAGGCGUUCAAGCCGGGGGAUACGAUGCAGGACGGUGACGUGUUUGAGGAGCUAGCCUCGGCACUCUCGAGUGCGCAGCCCAAGAUCCAGAAAAUGUGCGAGGAGGAAUCGGAUGACCACGAAGCCGUAGCCAAGCUUUUGGAAAUCAACGAUAGCAUACAUAGGACGGUUGAGAGAUACAAGCUUCUCAAGAAGGGCGAUGUCGAGGGCGCCAAGAAGCUGUCGAGCGGCGCGCCCCCCUCGGCAUCUGCCGGAGCGUCGUCUUCGGCCAGGAAUGAGUUGUCACUUAUUGACUUUGAUGGCGACUCUGGCACAAACGGUGCAGGAUCUUCGCAGUCAGCCGCAGGCGCCUCUGGUGGUAUCGAAAAUGAUCUCCUUGGCCUCUCCAUUGGAGAAAGCGAAAGCUUGAGUGCCCAGAGCGGCGGGAUUCAAUUGGGUUUCGGGGCCAACACAAACAUUCCUGGUCCCGCUUUACUGUCGUCUAUAACUGAAAACAGCAGCGCCAAAGGCCCCCUACAAACGACCAUCGCUCCGCCGGCUCCAUCCGUCUCGCCAUUCUCGGGAUUUACUUCGGCACCACCAACCUCAUCCAAAUCUUCAACGCCUCAACCCCCUAACUACCAGUCAUCGCUGUUUGCACCGCCACCCAAGGCCACAACCGACCCGUUUGCCGCCCUGGCUUCUCCCUCGGCCUUUUCCUCGAAAUCAUCAACGCCAGCCCAUGUCACCCAGGCCUUUCAGCCGCCGCCAGCACAAGCUGCCACUGCUACCGACGCCAACGACGACGACGAGUGGGCUUUCUCGUCUGCGUUGCCGCCGGAAGCCGCCCCGCAGCUGCCUCAGGAGCAGAAAGCCGUGCUCACUGAUCAGGGUCUUAAGAUUGAGCUCAUUGCCAAGAGGCCUAGCCCGGGUGCAAACUCGGUCAGGUUACAUUUUGCUUUUUCUAACAACACUGCACAACCAUUGUCUGAGCUGCAUUUCCAGUCUGCCGUUCCCAAGGGAUACGAGUCACAAUUACAACCGCAAACAGGCAGGGAUCUGUCACCCAAGCAAAGCCGUGGUGUCACACAGGUCCUUGAAGUGUGGCACGCCGGUGACAGAAAUAAAAAGGUCGAGGUUUUCAAGCUCAGGUGGCGUGUGGCUUACAAGGUCUCCGGGGAAGUCAAGAACGAGAUGGGCGAGGUUUCGGAGAUCAAGGUGGCAUGA